AUGGAUGUAACUAUGGGCUGCUGUACGGGCACAGGACCUCCUCCCUCCUGCCUCGUACUCCUGCUUCUCAAGCUUUUGGCCAGUGUCUCCCAAGGUCUCCCAGGAACAGGACCCCUGGGCUUCCACUUUACACAUUCCAUUUAUAAUGUUACAGUGUAUGAGAACUCAGCAGCAAGGACCUACGUCAACAGCCAGAGCAGAAUGGGUGUCAUCCUGUCAGAUCUUUCCUGGGACAUCAAAUACAGAAUAGUGUCUGGGGAUGAAGAAGGCUUCUUCAAAGCAGAAGAAGUCAUCAUUGCAGACUUCUGCUUCCUCAGAAUAAGAACUAAAGGUGGGAAUUCUGCCAUACUGAAUAGAGAAAUACAGGACAAUUAUUUAUUGAUUGUAAAAGGUUCUGUCAGAGGAGAGGAUCUAGAAGCAUGGACCAAAGUGAAUAUACAGGUUUUGGAUAUGAAUGAUUUGAGACCUUUGUUUUCACCAACAACAUACUCUGUUACAAUAGCAGAAAGCACACCUUUAAGGACUAGCAUCGCCCAGGUAACAGCUACCGAUGCUGACAUCGGUUCUAAUGGUGAAUUCUACUAUUACUUUAAAAACAAAGUUGACCUCUUUUCUGUUCACCCUACAAGUGGUGUAAUCUCUCUAAGUGGGAGAUUAAACUAUGAUGAGAAGAACAGGUAUGACCUUGAAGUUUUGGCAGUGGACCGGGGAAUGAAACUUUAUGGUAACAAUGGUGUCAGCAGCACAGCAAAGCUUUAUGUUCAUAUUGAACGGAUCAAUGAACAUGCACCAACUAUCAGUGUGGUCACACACACCCCCUUCCCAUUGGACAAGGAACCCACUUAUGCAGUGGUUAAUGUUGAUGACCUAGAUGAGGGUGCAAAUGGAGAGAUUGAAUCAAUUUCCAUUGUGGCUGGAGAUCCUUUGGAACAGUUUGUCUUAGUGAAGGAAGGGAAAUGGAUGAAUGAGUACAAAAUUAAGGAGCGGAAGUCAAUUGACUGGCAGGGCUUUCCCUAUGGCUACAAUCUCACUCUUCAAGCAAAGGACAAGGGUUCUCCGCAGAAGUUUUCAGCAGUAAAAGUAGUCCAUAUUGCCAAUCCCCAGAGAGAUAACAUCCCCUUCAGAUUCGAGAAGGAAACCUACAAUGUCACCGUUAGUGAAUUUUCACCUCCUGGAGUUGUGGUUGCCAUUGUUAAACUGAGCCCAGAGCCACCAGGGGUGGAAUACAGAAUAUCUCCUGGUGAAGAUGCAGAGUAUUUUAAGAUUAAUCCAAGGUCUGGUCUAAUAGUCACAGCGCAGCCCCUGGAUGUCAUCAAGAAAGAAGUUUAUGAGCUAGGGGUGUCAAACAAAGAAGGUGAUUUGAAAGCACAAGUCACCGUCAGCUUAGAAGAUGCCAAUGAUCAUACUCCUGAAUUCCAGCAGUCAUCCUAUGAAGCUUUUGUUAAUGAGAGUGUGCCUGUGGGUACAAGCGUGUUGUCCGUUUCUGCUUCUGAUAAGGACAAGGGAGAGAAUGGGUAUAUCACUUACAGUAUUGCCAGCCUCAGUGCAUUACCAUUUUCCAUUAACCAGUUUACAGGUAUUAUUUGUACCACUGAGGAACUGGAUUUUGAAUCCUCUCCAGAAAAUUACAGGUUCAUUGUGAGGGCCUCUGACUGGGGUUCACCUUAUCGACAUGAAAGUGAGGUCAAUGUGACCAUUCGCAUAGGAAAUGUCAAUGACAACAAACCCUUGUUUGAAAAAGUGGCCUGCCAGGGAGUCAUUUCAUAUGACUUCCCUGUUGGGGGACACAUUACCGCUGUGUCAGCAAUAGAUAUUGAUGAACUGGAACUGGUAAAGUACAAAAUCAUCUCUGGAAAUGAACUUGGUUUUUUUUAUUUAAAUCCUGACUCAGGUGUCUUACAACUUAAACAAUCCUUGAUUAAUUCUGGUGUGAAGAAUGGUAACUUUGGCCUCAGGAUCACAGCCACUGAUGGGGAGAAUUUUGCAGAUGCCAUGUUUGUUAACAUUUCAGUCUUACAGGGAAAGGUGUCUUCUAAAAGCUUCAGUUGUAGAGAAACUCGAGUGGCGCAGAAGUUAGCAGAGAAACUCCUCAUCAAAGCGAAAGCUAAUGGGAAGCUGAAUUCGGAAGAUGGGUUUUUUGACUUUUAUUCUGUUAAUAGGCAGGGACCUCAUUUUGACAAAUCAUUUCCGUCUGAUAUUGCUGUCAAGGAGGACCUGCCAGUUGGUGCUAACAUCUUGAAAAUAAAAGCCUUUGAUGCAGACUCUGGCUUCAAUGGAAAGGUGGUUUUCACAAUCUCUGAUGGUAAUACAGAUAGUUGCUUCAACAUUGACAUGGAAACAGGUCAGCUUAAAGUUCUGAUGCCAAUGGACAGAGAACAAACAGACCUCUACCUUCUUAACAUUACAAUUUAUGAUUUAGGGAAGCCCCAGAAAUCCUCAUGGAGGUUACUGACUGUUAACGUGGAGGACGCCAAUGACAACAGGCCCAUUUUCUUGCAGGAGAGUUACUCUGUUAAUAUUCUAGAAAGUUCAAGUAUUGGUACUGAGAUCAUUCAAGUUGAAGCCAAGGAUAAAGACUUGGGAUCUAAUGGUGAAGUGACUUACUCGGUAUUAACAGAUGCACAGCAAUUUUCCAUCAACAGUUCAACUGGGAUAGUUUAUGUAGCUGAUCAACUGGACCGGGAAUCCAAAGCAAACUACUCUUUAAAAAUAGAGGCCAGGGACAAAUCUGAGAAUGGCCAGCAACAGUUUUCUGUGGUUACUCUUAAGGUUUUCUUGGAUGAUGUCAAUGAUUGCUCCCCUACUUUUAUACCUACUAGCUACAGCGUGAAGGUCCUUGAAGAUCUUCCGGUUGGCACGGUCAUUGCAUGGUUGGAAACCCACGAUCCAGACCUUGGCUUGGGAGGUCAAGUUCGUUAUUCUUUGGUGAAUGACUACAAUGGCAGAUUUGAAAUUGAUAAGGCCAGUGGUGCCAUUCGUUUGAGCAGAGAGCUUGAUUAUGAGAAACAGCAAUUCUACAACCUCACUGUCCGUGCAAAAGACAAAGGGCGCCCAGUAUCGUUGUCAUCUGUUUCCUUCGUGGAGGUGGAAGUGGUGGAUGUCAAUGAAAACCUUCACACUCCCUAUUUCCCAGAUUUUGCUGUUGUUGGAUCGGUAAAGGAAAACUCUCGUAUUGGAACAAGUGUGCUGCAGGUGACCGCGAGAGAUGAGGAUUCUGGAAGGGAUGGGGAGAUCCAGUAUUCUAUCAGGGAUGGCAGUGGUCUCGGAAGGUUUAACAUAGAUGACGAAAGUGGGGUCAUCUAUACCGCUGACAUUCUUGAUAGAGAAACCACUGGGUCAUACUGGCUGACCGUCUAUGCCACUGAUCGAGGCGUUGUCCCACUCUAUUCUACUAUCGAGGUCUACAUUGAGAUUGAAGAUGUAAAUGACAAUGCUCCUUUGACCUCAGAGCCCAUUUACUAUCCUAUGGUCAUGGAAAACUCUCCUAAGGAUGUAUCUGUCAUUCAGAUCCAGGCUGAGGAUCCAGAUUCCAGUUCUAAUGAAAAGUUAACCUACAGGAUUACAAGUGGGAAUCCUCAGAACUUCUUUGUAAUAAACAUCAAAACAGGUCUGAUUACAACUACUUCAAGGAAAUUGGAUCGAGAACAGCAGGCAGAACAUUUUCUGGAGGUGACCGUGACUGAUGGUGGUUCUUCUCCAAAGCAGUCGACAGUUUGGGUCGUGGUUCAGGUUCUGGAUGAAAAUGACAAUAAGCCUCAGUUCCCAGAGAAAGUCUAUCAAAUCAAGCUGCCAGAGCGGGACCGAAAGAAAAGAGGAGAACCAAUUUACAGGGCUUUUGCAUUUGAUAAAGAUGAAGGUCCCAAUGCAGAAAUAUCCUACAGCAUCGUAGAUGGAAAUGAUGAUGGGAAGUUCUUUAUUGACCCUAAAACUGGCAUGGUCUCUUCCAGAAAGCAGUUUACAGCAGGGAGUUACGACAUCCUAACAAUCAAAGCAGUGGACAAUGGACGUCCGCAGAAGUCUACCACCGCCCGCCUCCACAUCGAAUGGAUUAAGAAACCGCCUCCUUCCCCUGUGCCUCUGACCUUUGAUGAGCCAUUCUAUAACUUUACUGUCAUGGAAAGUGAUAGAGUGACAGAAAUUGUGGGUGUGGUGUCUGUACAACCGGCCAAUAUACCUCUGUGGUUUGAUGUAGUUGGGGGGAAUUUUGACAGCUCUUUCGACGCAGAGAAAGGCGUUGGGACAAUUGUCAUUGCAAAACCUCUGGAUGCAGAGCAGAGGUCCAUCUAUAAUAUGAGUGUGGAAGUCACCGAUGGAACAAAUGUGGCUGUCACUCAGGUAUUUAUCAAAGUGCUGGAUAACAAUGAUAAUGGCCCCGAAUUCUCUCAACCAAGUUAUGAGGUCACGAUUUCUGAAGACGUACUGCCGGACACUGAGAUAUUACAGGUUGAGGCAACAGACAGAGAUGAAAAACAUAAACUAAGUUACACUAUCCACAGCAGUAUUGACUCAGUAAGCAUGAGGAAAUUCCGGAUUGAUGCCAGUACUGGGGUUCUGUACAUUGCUGAGAGGCUAGACCACGAGGCCCAAGACAAGCACAUUCUUAACAUCAUGGUCAGAGAUCAGGAAUUUCCUUAUCGGAGAAACUUGGCCCGAGUCAUCGUGAAUGUAGAAGAUGCCAAUGAUCAUAGUCCCUAUUUCACUAGCCCACUGUACGAAGCAUCUGUAUUUGAAUCUGCAGCCUUGGGAUCGGCCGUUCUGCAAGUGACUGCUCUGGAUAAAGACCGAGGGGAAAAUGCAGAGCUUCUGUACACCAUAGAAGCAGGCAACACUGGAAACACAUUUAAGAUUGAACCCAUCUUGGGCAUCAUUACCGUAUCAAAAGAACCAGAUAUGACAACAAUGGGACAGUUCGUUUUGUCCAUAAAAGUCACCGAUCAGGGCUCUCCACCAAUGUCUGCUACUGCCAUUGUCCGCAUCUCUGUCACCAUGUCAGAUAAUUCUAACCCCAAGUUCACUCAGAAAGAAUACCAAGCAGAAGUGAAUGAAAAUGUCGACAUUGGGACAUCAGUCAUUUUAAUCUCUGCCAUCAGUCAAUCUACACUCAUUUAUGAAGUCAAAGAUGGAAAUAUUGAAGGGGCCUUUACCAUAAACCCAUAUUCUGGUGUGAUAACUAAUCAAAAGGCCCUUGAUUAUGAACACAUUUCCUCUUAUCAACUCACCAUCCAAGCCACCAACAUGGCAGGGAUGGCAUCCAAUGCCACGGUUAAUAUUCAGAUUGUUGAUGAAAAUGACAAUCCCCCCAUUUUCCUUUUUUCUGAGUACUCAGGCAGCCUCAGUGAGGUUGCGCCAGUAAACAGCAUCGUCCGUAGCUCAGGUAACAAUCCAUUGGUGAUUCGAGCCACAGAUGCUGAUAGUAAUCAGAAUGCUUUGCUAGUUUAUCAAAUUGUUGAGUCCACUGCUAAGAAGUUUUUCACUGUGGAUUCCAGCACGGGUGCCAUCAGAACAAUCGCCAGCUUGGAUCAUGAAACCAUUGCCCAUUUCCAUUUUCAUGUUCAUGUGAGAGACAGUGGUAAUCCCCAGCUGACUGCAGAAAGCCCAGCUGAGGUCAAUAUCGAGGUGACAGAUGUGAAUGAUAACCCUCCAGUUUUCACUCAGGCAGUAUUUGAGACAGUCUUACUUCUACCCACUUAUGUUGGGGUGGAGAUUCUGAAAGUCCAAGCAACAGAUCCUGACUCAGAAGUACCAGCUGAACUAACAUACAGUCUGAUGGAAGGCAGCUUGGACUAUUUUUUAAUUGAUUCCAAUAGUGGGGUGCUCUCCAUAAAAAACAGCAGCCUUUCCAAAGAUCAUUAUAUGCUUAUAGUCAGAGUGUCAGAUGGUAAGUUUUAUGGUACUGCUAUGGUGACCAUCAUGGUAAAAGAAGCCAUGGACAGUGGUCUCCAUUUCACACAGAGUUUUUACUUUGCUUCAAUCUCAGAGAAUAGUACCAACAUCACCAAAGUAGCCAUUGUUAAUGCAAUUGGAAAUCGCCUUAAUGAACCUUUAAUAUAUAGCAUAUUGAAUCCAGGAAACAAGUUCAAAAUAAAAUCUACCUCUGGGGUCAUCCAGACAACUGGUGUCCCCUUUGACCGUGAAGAACAAGAGUUGUAUGAGUUGGUGGUAGAAGCCAGUCGUGAGUUAGACCAUCUGCGUGUGGCCAGGGUAGUCGUCAGAGUAAACAUUGAAGAUAUCAAUGACAACUCUCCAGUUUUUGUAGGGCUGCCUUACUAUGCUGCUGUGCAAGUUGAUGCCGAACCUGGGACUCUCAUCUACUGGGUAACUGCUCUUGACAGAGACAAAGGUGCCAAUGGCGAAGUGACCUAUACCCUCCAAGAGGACUAUGGCCACUUUGAAAUUAACCCAGAAUCAGGAAGUGUUUUUUUAAAAGAAGCAUUCAAUUCUGACUUAUCUAACAUUGAGUAUGUAGUUAUCAUCCUAGCCAAAGAUGGCGGAAAGCCCGCAUUGUCUGCAUCAGUGGAGCUUCCUAUCACUAUUGUCAACAAAGCAAUGCCUGUAUUUGAUAAGCCUUUUUAUACAACUUCUGUCAAUGAGGAUGUAGAAAUGCAUACUCCCAUUCUUAGCAUCAAUGCAACCAGCCCAGAAGGACAAGGCAUCAUUUACAUCAUUGUUGAUGGGGAUCCUUACAACCAAUUUAACAUUGACUUUGACACUGGAGUUCUGAAUGUCAUUAGCCCAUUAGACUAUGAAGUAACACCUGUUUUUAAAUUGACAGUGAGAGCCAGUGAUGCUCUCACUGGUGCAAGGGCUGAGGUCACUGUCGACUUGUUAGUUAAUGAUGUAAAUGAUAAUCCCCCCAUUUUUGAUCAACCCACUUACAACGCAACUUUAUCUGAAGCCUCUCUCAUUGGGACACCUGUUUUGCAAGUGGUAGCCUCUGACGCAGAUUCAGAAAGCAAUAGAGUUGUACAAUAUCAAAUCGUCCAGGACACCUAUAAUAGUACUGAUUAUUUUCACAUAGAUAGCACAAGUGGCUUAAUCUUGACAGCCCGCAUGUUAGACCAUGAAUCAGUACAACAAUCCACUUUAAAAGUCAGGGCAACAGAUAAUGGAUUCCCGCCAAUGAGCAGCGAGGUACUCGUUAAUAUUUAUGUGACUGACAUGAAUGACAACCCUCCAGUAUUUAACCAGCUGAUUUAUGAAUCCUAUGUGAGUGAGUUAGCUCCACGGGGCCAUUUUGUGACCUGUGUACAAGCUUCCGAUGCUGACAGCUCUGAUUUUGACCGGUUAGAAUAUAGCAUUUUAUCUGGGAACGACCGAACAAGUUUUCUAAUGGAUAGCAAGAGCGGUGUCAUCACCCUGUCCAACCACCGGAAACAGAGAAUGGAGCCUCUGUAUAGUUUGAACGUAUCUGUCUCUGAUGGACUGUUCACCAGCACAGCACAGGUGCAUAUCAGGAUACUUGGUGCUAACUUAUACAGUCCAGCCUUUUCACAAAGCACCUAUGUUGCCGAAGUGAGAGAGAAUGCUGCUCCAGGAACAAAGGUAAUUCAUGUUAGAGCAACAGAUGGGGAUCCAGGAACGUAUGGGCAAAUCAGCUAUGCUAUCAUCAACGACUUUGCUAAGGACCGAUUCCUGAUAGACAACAAUGGGCAAGUCAUAACAACAGAAAGACUGGAUCGGGAAAGCCCAAUGGAAGGAGACAUUAGUAUUUUUUUGAGGGCCCUGGACGGUGGAGGGAGAACAACUUUCUGUACUGUGAGGGUGAUUGUUGUGGAUGAAAAUGAUAAUGCUCCCCAAUUUUUGACAGUCGAAUAUAGAGCUAGUGUCAGAGCUGAUGUUGGAAGAGGUCACUUGGUAACCCAGGUUCAGGCCAUUGAUCCUGAUGAUGGAGUGAAUUCAAGGAUUACUUAUUCACUGUAUAGCGAAGCCUCUGUCUCAGUAGCAGAUCUUCUUGAAAUUGACCCUGACAAUGGCUGGAUGGUCACGAAGAGUAAUUUUCACCAGUUGAAAAACACCGUCUUGUCAUUUUUUGUCAAAGCAGUUGAUGGUGGUAUUCCUGUAAAGCACUCCCUCAUUCCUGUCUAUAUUCACGUCUUGCCUCCUGAAAUACUCUUACCCUCCUUUACCCAGCCCCAGUAUUCAUUCGCCAUUCCAGAAGAUACUGUCAUUGGAAGCACAGUGGAUACUCUCAGGAUUUUGCCAAGUCAGAAUGUUGUAUUUAGCACAGUUAAUGGUGAACGGCCUGAAAAUAACAAAGGUGGGGUCUUCAUCAUAGAACAGGACACUGGUACCAUCAAACUGGACAAGCGACUUGACCGUGAAAUGACCCCUGCUUUUCACUUUAAGGUUGCAGCCACCAUCCCUUUGGACAAGGUGGAUAUUGUGUUUACCGUUGACAUAGAGAUCAAGGUAUUAGAUCUAAAUGAUAAUAAACCAUUCUUUGAUGCUACAAGCUAUGAAGCCAUCAUAAUGGAGGGAAUGCCUGUGGGCACCAGGCUCAUUCAAGUGAAGGCUGUUGAUAGAGAUUGGGGUGCCAAUGGACAGGUCACUUAUACCCUCCACUCUGAUUCCAGUCCAGAAAAGAUAAUGGAAGUGUUCAGUAUUGACAGUAACACAGGCUGGAUCAGCACCUUGAAAGACUUGGACCAUGAGAGAGAUCCCACAUUCACUUUCUCAGUGGUAGCGUCUGACCUUGGAGAAGCUUUCUCUCUCUCUUCCACAAUCCUGGUCUCUGUCACCGUGACAGAUAUAAAUGACAAUGCACCUGUCUUUGGGCAUGAAGUGUACCGAGAGCAUGUGAAAGAGAGUGACCCCCCAGGUGAAGUUGUAGCAGUCCUCAGCACAUGGGAUGAAGACACAUCUGACAUUAAUCAGCAAGUGAGCUAUCAUAUUACAGGAGGGAAUCCCAGAGGAAGAUUUGCCCUGGGCCUGGUGCAAAAUGAAUGGAAGGUUUAUGUAAAGCGACCCCUUGAUCGAGAAGAACAAGAUGUUUACUUCCUGAACAUCACUGCCACAGAUGGGCUUUUUGUCACUCAGGCUAUGGUAGAAGUCACUGUCACUGAUGUGAAUGACAACAGUCCAUUGUGUGACCAGGUUGCAUACACAGCUUUGUUUCCAGAAGACAUUCCAUCAAAUAAAAUCAUCCUUAAGAUCAGUGCCAAGGAUGCUGACAUUGGGCCCAAUGGAGACAUUAGAUACUCACUCUAUGGCUCUGGAAACAACAAAUUUUUCUUAGAUCCAGAAAGUGGUGAAUUAAAAACCCUGGCCCUUUUAGACCGAGAAAAAGUUCCUGUGUACAACCUGAUUGCCAGGGCAACAGAUGGGGGUGGCAGGUUCUGUCAGUCAGACAUCCGCCUGAUUCUUGAAGAUGUUAAUGAUAACCCCCCCAUAUUUUCAUCUGACCAUUACAACGCUUGUAUCUAUGAGAACACAGCCACCAAAGCCUUGUUAACAAGAGUGCAAGCCAUGGAUCCUGAUUUGGGUAUCAACAGGAAAGUUGUUUAUUCCCUGGCAGACUCAGCAGGAGGGUACUUCUCAGUGGACAGCUCCUCAGGCAUUAUCAUCUUGGAACAGCCACUGGAUCGAGAGCUGCAGUCAUCGUAUAACAUCAGUGUGAAGGCAUCAGACCAGAGCAUCCUCAAGGUGCUGUCUUCCCUGGCCACGGUCACCAUCACUGUUUUGGACAUUAAUGACAACCCUCCUGUGUUUGAAAGAAGAGAUUAUCUUGUUACAGUACCAGAAGAUACAUCCCCAGGCACAGAAGUCCUUGCCGUGUUUGCCACGAGCAAAGACAUUGGUACAAAUGCUGAAAUAACUUAUCUCAUCCGAUCUGGGAAUGAACGAGGGAAAUUCAAGAUUAACCCAAAGACAGGAGGGAUUUCUGUCAUUGAGGCCCUGGAUUAUGAAAUGUGCAAAGAUUUUUAUCUCGUGGUGGAAGCCAAAGACGGGGGUACCCCAGCCCUCAGUGCCGUGGCCACAGUGAACAUCAACCUUACCGAUGUGAAUGACAAUGCACCAACAUUUAACCAGGAGGUCUACAGUGCAGUCAUCAGUGAAGACGCUUCCAUCGGGGACUCAGUCAUUGUGUUAAUAGCAGAAGAUGUAGAUAGCCCACCCAAUGGACAGAUUCGCUUCUCCAUCGUCAGUGGGGACCGGGACAAUGAGUUUGCUGUAGAUCCUGUCUUGGGGCUUGUUAAAGUGAAAAAGAAAUUGGACCGAGAACGGGUGUCUGGAUACUCAUUACUCAUUCAAGCUACGGACAGCGGCAUUCCUGCCAUGUCAUCCACUGUGACAGUCAACAUAGACAUUUCCGACGUAAAUGAUAAUGGCCCCGUUUUCACACCAGCUAACUAUACUGCUGUAAUCCAGGAAAACAAACCAGUGGGGACAAGCAUUUUGCAGCUGAUGGUGACAGACCGAGAUUCCUUUCACAAUGGACCCCCCUUUACCUUUACCAUCUUAGCAGGGAAUGAGGAAGAGGAAUUUGUGUUGGACCCUCAUGGGAUCUUAAGAUCAGCAGUAAUCUUUAGACACACAGACUCUCCCGAAUACGUGCUUUACAUCCAGGCAAAGGACUCAGGCAAACCCCAGCAAGUUUCCCACUCUUAUGUUCAUGUCCGGGUGAUUGAAGAAAGUAUCCACAAGCCCACUGCCAUCCCCUUAGAGAUCUUUAUUGUCACAAUGGAGGAUGACUUCCCCGGGGGUGUCAUUGGGAAGAUCCAUGCCACUGACCAGGACGUGUAUGACGUACUCACGUAUGCGCUGAAAUCUGAGCAAAGAAGCUUGUUCAAGGUGAACACCCAUGAUGGAAAGAUCAUUGCCCUGGGAGGCCUGGACAGUGGUAAGUACAUUCUGAAUGUUUCCGUGAGUGACGGCCGCUUCCAGGUGCCCAUUGACGUCAUCGUCCACGUGGAGCAGCUGGUGCAGGAGAUGCUGCAGAACACAGUCACCAUCCGAUUCGAGAACGUCUCCCCUGAGGAUUUUGUUGGGCUACACAUGCAUGGGUUCCGAAGGACCCUCCGGAAUGCUGUCCUUUCCCAGAAACAGGACAGCCUCCACAUCAUCAGCAUCCAGCCUGUGGCUGGCACCAACCAGCUGGACAUGUUAUUUGCCGUGCAGAUGCACAGCGGCGGCUUCUACAAGCCUGCGUACCUCAUCCAGAAGCUAUCCAAUGCAAGGAGACAUUUGGAGAAUGUGAUUCGCAUCUCAGCCAUCCUGGAGAAGAAUUGCUCUGGACUGGAUUGCCAGGAACAACACUGUGAACAAAGCUUGUCCAUAGAUUCACAUUCUCUAAUGACCUACAGCACAGCUCGUAUUAGUUUUGUGUGUCCUCGUUUCUACAGGAACGUACGCUGUACAUGUAAUGGAGGACUCUGUCCAGGGUCGAAUGAUCCUUGCAUGGAGAAGCCCUGUCCUGGGGACAUGCAGUGUGUUGGUUAUGAAGCCAAUAGAAGACCAUUCAUCUGUCAGUGUCCACCAGGAAAACUUGGCGAAUGCUCAGGGCACACUUCUCUAAGCUUUGCUGGAAACAGUUACAUCAAAUACCGGCUUUCUGAAAAUAGCAAGAAAGAGGAAUUUAAGUUGGCUCUGCGUCUGCGAACACUGCAAAGCAAUGGGAUUAUAAUGUACACCAGAGCAAAUCCCUGCAUAAUUCUGAAGAUUGUAGACAGCAAACUGUGGUUCCAGUUGGACUGUGGCACGGGGCCUGGCAUCUUGGGCAUCUCUGGCCGGGCCGUGAAUGAUGGGAAUUGGCACUCAGUCUUCUUAGAGCUCAAUCAGAAUUUCACAAGCUUGUCGCUGGACGAUAGCUAUGUGGAACGCCGCAAAGCGCCCCUUUACUUCCAGACCCCGGGCCCGGAGAGCGCCAUCUACUUUGGAGCCCUGGUGCAGGUGGACAACAUCCGAAGCCUGACGGACAAGAGGGUCACACAGGUCCUGAGCGGCUACCAGGGCUGCCUGGAUUCCGUGGUCCUGAAUAACAAUGAGCUGCCCCUGCAGAACAAACGCAGCAGCUUCGCAGAGGUGGUGGGCCUCACUGAGCUCAAGCUGGGAUGUGUCCUGUACCCGGACGCCUGUGAACGGAACCCCUGCCAGAACGGAGGGAGCUGUGCCAGCCUGCCCUCUGGAGGCUAUCAAUGUACCUGUCUCUCACAAUUCACUGGAAGGAACUGUGAGUCAGAGAUUACAGCCUGCUUCCCAAAUCCCUGCCGAAAUGGGGGGUCUUGCGACCCAAUAGGAAACACCUUCAUCUGCAGUUGUAAAGUUGGGCUUACUGGAGUCACGUGUGAGGAAGACAUCAAUGAAUGUGACAGAGAAGAAUGUGAGAAUGGAGGUUCCUGCGUCAAUGUGUUUGGCUCUUUCCUCUGUAACUGCACCCCAGGUUAUGUGGGCCAGUACUGUGGGCUCCGGCCAGUAGUGGUUCCCAACAUCCAAGCUGGCCACUCCUAUGUUGGAAAGGAAGAACUGAUUGGCAUUGCCGUGGUCCUCUUUGUCAUCUUUGUUUUAAUCGUCUUGUUCAUCAUCUUCCGCAAAAAAGUCUUCCGCAAGAACUAUUCCAGGAACAAUAUCACUCUCGUCCAGGACCCGGCCACCGCAGCACUGCUAAACAAAAGCAACGGGAUCCAGUUCAAGAACCUCCGAGGGGGUGGGGACAGCCGUAACAUCUACCAGGAGGUUGGUCCGCCUCAGGUCCCCGUUCGCCCCAUGGCCUACACGCCUUGUUUCCAGAGCGACUCUAGGAACAACCUAGACAAGAUUGUGGAUGGGCUUGGUGUGGAGCACCAGGAGAUGACCACUUUUCAUCCCGAGUCACCACGGAUACUCACUGCCAGGCGUGGAGUGGUCGUGUGCAGCGUGGCUCCCAACCUCCCAGCCGUCUCCCCUUGUCGUUCUGAUUGUGAUUCCAUCAGGAAGAGUGUCUGGGAUGCAGGAACAGAGAACAAAGGAGUGGAUGAUGCCGAAGAAGUGACCUGUUUUGUGGGAAGUAAUAAAGGCAGCAACUCGGAAGUUCAGUCCCUCAGCUCCUUCCAGUCUGACUCUGGAGAUGAUAAUGCUUCCAUAGUGACUGUCAUUCAGCUUGUCAACAAUGUAGUUGACACUAUAGAAAAUGAAGUGUCAGUUAUGGACCAAGGACAGAACUACAAUCGAGCCUAUCAUUGGGACACUUCGGAUUGGAUGCCAGGAGCCCGCCUGUCUGACAUCGAGGAAGUGCCCAACUAUGAGAACACAGAUGGCACGUCGGUGCAUCAGGGGAGCACGAGAGAGCUUGAGACCGAUUACUACCUAGGUGGCUAUGAUAUCGAUAGCGAAUACCCUCCGCCUCACGAAGAGGAGUUUUUGAGUCAAGACCAGUUGCCCCCUCCUCUGCCGGAGGACUACCCAGAGCACUUUGAGGCCCUGCCCCCGUCACAGCCAGCCUCCUUGGCCAGCACACUGAGCCCAGACUGCAGGCGAAGGCCCCAGUUCCACCCCAGCCAGUAUCUCCCUCCCCACCCAUUCCCCAAUGAGACAGACAUGGUGGGACCUCCACCUGGACACGAAUUUAGUACUUUUGCUGUGGGUGUGGGGCAGAACGUGGAGAACACAGGCGUGGCAGACAACAUGUCCUUAUCCUUGCACAAUUCCAUAGGCGCUUCAUCCUCAGAUGUGUCUGCAAGCUGUGGCUUUGACGAUUCUGAAGUGGCCAUGAGUGACUAUGAAAGCGUUGAGGAGUUCACCAGUCUUCACACUCCAUUUAUUGAGACUCAGCACCAGACCCAGGUGUAAAGGACACGCACAUCUGGGAUGGUUUGUUCAUUCUUCAUUUCAACAUGGAAGGAAAUGGGCUGAGUUUCCUCUCUCAAUGGAGAGGGGGUCCAUCGAAUGAGGGGAAUAUCCACCAUUUUCCACAAAUAACUUAUUCACAAAUGAUGUUGUCUCAUGCAAACACUUUAAAGUCAAGUUGUGUAAACCACAUGUCACAAGAUUUGUUACUGUGAGUCAACAGACAAUCCUUACAGUAUGUACCCAGCAUUCAUGGCCAAGAGUGCACACCACGUUUUUAAGGGGGUAAAGAACCCCACACACAAGUUCACCCAGUAAGUUAUAUGCAGUCAAUCUUUUCAGCUUUGUGCAGUAUUGUGUUAUUGAAGGUGUUAACAGUAUCAUUCCCCGCAGUAUUAAUGAACAGAUAAAGUUCAGGCACCAAGAUAUUGGUGCAUGAAACUAAUUUAAGCUGAUGGAGAAAAGAAAGAAAAUAGUUAAUAGAAUGGGGGAUGGGGCUAAGCCCUCAAGGGUUUCAACAGAAGAAAGAACAAAAAUAAAAUCAGUCAAAAGUGGGCAAAAAUAUUAAAAUAAAGUAUGAUUUUCUUUAUAAAGCUGUCUCAUUGUCAGCUAUAAAAUUAGAGUAAGUGACUUGUACUUUUUGUAGUUUUCAGAUACUGGUUUAAUUAGGAAAACUUGGAUUAAAAACGGAGCCCAAAAUUGAAAUGAUGGGGUUUGUGGAUCUUUCAAAAAGAUUUCAAUGAAGAGUAAUGCAUGACAGUUUGGGGGUUUUCUGAGUAUGAAGGAGGUAAGGGUAGAAGUUAUAUCUUUUUGCUUUUAUUACUAAACAUUCCCAGCAGUGAUUACAAUUUGAGAAUUAUUGUAAUCAAUGACCUUGUUCAUGGAAACCAGGAAAUAAAGCUGACCGGUUUGUGACUGUUGUCUGGGCUAAAAGAGGUAUACAGUUCAUAAAUUUCCCCCAAAAAAUGUUAUUUUUACUAUCACAGGUAAAAGGCAAGUAAGUACUUGUUUUUAACUUGAUGGUAUCAUUUCAAUAAAUGGAAUUGAGUCAAAGGA